AAAUAGAAACGAAAGCUUAUGUGUCCUAGUCCCGCGCAACCGGCUCCGUUCUGUAGUCGAGGGCCUGUUAGACUGAGCUCUUUUCGGGAUGCCCACGGCCUACAGCUUGCCUUGUAUUUGCCUUAUAAUACCCAUACACCCACACACAGUUAGCUUGUAUAUGUUUCCACUGUUCUUUCAGCGAGAGAAAAGACGAAACGACGCUGGUGUUACAAAUCCAAUCUAACGCUGUGGAGUGUGUUAGAGAAAGCCGCAGCAGAAUUUAGUAGCCUAUUAACAUCUGUCUUGUAUAAUCCUGUUAAUGCGACGCGUCGAUAGAAAAUAUCCAAUGUAGAAAAAAAUACUUUAUUCUGAGAGCAAAAAAUCCACAAAUCUACGGGGGAAUAAUGGGGGGUUUCUUUGUUGUGAUCUUGAAGGAAAAAGGCGAAUUCUUGAGGGUGGCUGCUGUCAAGCGCUUUGCCGGCAAAAGAUUGAUCACCCUUGCUGCCUCUCCACUCGUGCUCUAAAAAUAUCUACCCCCUUUUCUUAUUCGUUUUCAACUUUGACGCAACCAGUUUUGUUAGCUAUUUCAUAAACUAACACUAUAUAUUUUAUUUCGUCCAAUCUGCAAUAGAAGUGCAUUAUCACGUUAGCACAAUCGCAACUGGCGAGGAUAGCCAUUCGUAAACGCGACCUCAGAAUGAACUUUUGGUUGUUCAACACUGUCAACAGACUAAAUCCUUUUGCACACAGACACAAACACACACCACUAAAAAGUCUUAUGUGCACCAUAGCAUGCUUCUCCUCUUCAUUUUUUAAGCCUGAAAAAUAAAUACAUAUUUGUCCAAACAAAAUUUAAUUGGAUUUAAUCUAACCUGGAUUUUACAGCAAACGUUCUCGAUUUAAGGUCCCGUGGUUUCAGUAAUCCUCCAGAUACUAAGUAAAAUUAAUUGAAUUAACCCAUCUACAAAAAAUAAGUAAAUAAAGAAACAUUUGGUCCUGUAAUAGUUGGGAAUCUCCUAUUCGACAAGUAUGGCGGUUAAUCUCAACAUCACUCUUGUACAUCCUUAUUUAUGUACUUCAUGUAAAAAAAAAUUCUAUAGCUGCAUGUUUUGUCUGUUAUUCUUGUCAAAACUUUUAAGAUUAAUGACCAUUGAUUUUAAAUACGCAAGAAGCCAUAUUGUGGAUGUGCUUAUCAGACAAGGCCUGUGGAUUACAUCACCCGUAGCUCUGCAUUUGGAUGGUUAGUGACAAUCAUCAGAGAGCUUCACAUUAAGACAUUAAGCCUGUCAAGACAAUCACUUGUUUUCGAGCACAUGGCAAUCGGGAGCUUUUUUAUUCGCCGAGUUCUAAAUUAUAAUAUCCUGUUGUUUUUAUCAAUUCAUAGAAAUAUUGCUUUCUUUUGCCAUCAGGCCCCGAAUUUCGAUUGGCUGAGAUUAGUCACAUGACCAGGAAUUGGCUGCAAUUUCGCCCAUAGUCUUCAGUUUAGCAGACCCUGGUCCCCAUACGCUAGUAAUAUCACCAAUAUACACAAUUAUUAAAGCCCGCAAAUGCAGUCAUAGCAGAAACGCAAAAACUCUAGCUUUUUGGAUGUUAUUUUUUGCGUACGUUGGUGUCGCUGGACGCCCUUCUUGCCCAGGCGAAGCGAUGAAUUUUGAAUUUGAGAGGGAGAUUGGGUUCAUCAACAGCCAGCCUUCCCUUGCAGAGUGCCUGACGUCUUUCCCCGCUGUCCUGGAGUCAUUUCAAACUUCAUCAAUCAAGGACUCGACAGCAAUUCCACCUCCUUUCGAGCACACCAUCCCUAGUCUGAGUCCCUGCACAGGCAACCAGGCGCGACCGAGGAACCAAAAGCGAACAGCCUCUAAUGGCCUCCAGCUUCGGACACAAACGGCACCGCCGACGCAGCACCAGCAAGGCCCGGUCCCACUGUCGGGUGGCGCGCCACUGGCCCAUGAGUUUCCAUGGAUGAAAGAAAAGAAAUCCGCGAAGAAGUGCCCCAAGCCCGCAGCCUCUGCAGCGACAGCCUCACCCUCUCAGGCAUCCUCCGGCUACACAACCGCAGGACUCGAGUCCCCGACAGAGGCACAAGGUGGACUGGAUAAUGGUAGCGGUUCACGAAGGCUGAGGACCGCAUACACCAACACGCAGCUACUUGAACUGGAAAAGGAGUUCCACUUUAACAAAUACCUCUGUCGGCCCCGACGCGUUGAAAUAGCAGCACUUUUGGAUCUUACAGAGCGCCAGGUCAAAGUAUGGUUUCAAAACCGACGCAUGAAGCACAAACGGCAAACUACGCAUCACCGGGACGGGCAGGAAGGCGAGCUGAGCGGCUUCGAGACCCUGGACGGACCCGAUGCUGCUUCGCCUUACUCGAGCCAAUCUUUGGAAAUAUCAGGCUCUGGUUCUGGCUCGGCAGCAGCUUCCGAGAGCGAGACAAAUGCCUCCUACACGAACAGUGCUGACAAAAGCCAGCCUACGCCUGAAGAGCCGGAGCCCGCAUCUGCUCCUGACACAGCGGUUCACUCCCCCCAAUACCCAACGCCUACUGCAGAUAACCCCACCACAAUGGCUGAGGGCCGCGCAGCUGGGCCGGAGCAUUCGUUCCCAGAAUCGCAGGACGCCACAUCACUACCAGAUUUGAAUUUCUUUUCCACGGACUCCUGCCUACAGAUUUCGGACGCUUUAUCACCGAGUUUGCAGAGUUCACUCGACAGCCCUGUUGACUUUUCUGAGGAAGAUUUUGACUUGUUUACGAGCACCCUUUGUACAAUAGACUUGCAACAUUUACAGUUCUGAACAAAAGUAUUGAUAUCAAAAAGCAUACAAGAACAAUCUCCAUUACACCAGUGUUAUGAAUCCUUUUCGACCGCAACAUUCCUAAAAUAAGACAGAAAUAAAAACAAAAAUGAAACGUCUACUUUAAAGGUUUCUUAACAAAUAGGUGUGACACAAAGCCUAAACGGAGACAAAUUGCCCAUUAUUUUGAAAACACGAUGAUGUAAUCGUUUGAAUACAGAUCGGGAUGGCUUCUGUCGAAGUUUCAGGUAUUUUAUUGCCUUCUGAUUCUUGGAUUUUGGUUUAUGUCGAUUAACAGAUGAAUGGCUGCGGACUUUUUUCAGUGAAACUCAAUCAUUGGAAUCUCAGGAAUUGUGUCAGACAUAAGGGUAGUUGAACUGCUUUUAGGAAUUCUUCCGAAACGGGCGUUGUCCCUGUUGGAUAAUUUUAGAACUAGUUUAUUUAUUGAGAUUCUUUAAUAGUAAAUUUCAAAUUUAUUUAUUGUACGUUAUUUUCAUAGUUGAAAUAAUAAAAAAACAAAACAUAAUAUGCUGGAGCGAGUGUGAGUAAUUCACUAAGGUUUAAUUCAUUCUUUUAUUAAGAUUUUUAAAUAUUUUUUAUAUAAAGCACUUGGUUUUACAAAUU